AUUAGCUGCUAACAGCAAAUCGUAAAGCCCUCACAGAAAGAUAGAUUACAGAGAAUUUCUGUAAAAGUUGGUUGAUUAAGAAAUAAGAUUGUAUAUAUUGUGUAAACUAAAUAGUAAACACAAAUUAUUAUAUUUAAAAGUAGGUUUUACAUAAUACAAUAUGGCUUUGGCAAUGCAAAGAAAGGCAAACGUUCGUUUGCCCCCCGAAAUAAAUAGGAUAUUAUAUGUAAGAAACUUACCUUACAAGAUUACAGCUGAAGAAAUGUAUGAUAUUUUUGGCAAAUAUGGAGCUAUUAGACAAAUAAGAGUAGGAAAUACUCCAGAAACAAGAGGAACGGCAUUCGUUGUAUUUGAAGACAUAUUUGAUGCGAAAAAUGCAUGUGACCAUUUAUCUGGUUUUAAUGUAUGCAAUCGUUAUCUGGUAGUAUUGUAUUAUCAAGCUAAUAAAGCAUUUAAGAAGACUGAUAUUGAAAAGAAACAAGAAGAAAUUGAUAAAAUGAAAUCAAAAUAUGGUAUUAAUACAUAAAUGAUAAUAAUUGUUUUGUUACUUAGGCCUGAAGUUCAUGAAUUUAAUUCAUAACAGAAAUAAAUCAUAUUAAUCUAGUGUUAGUCUUACAAAGAGGGAGCUAUAAUUUCAUUACAAGUUGAAAGACAUUUAGCGAACAUUUCAAGAUGUUAUCGAUGUUUGCAGAACUUCCUUGACAUUUUAAAAACCUCAUUUACCUCUGCCGUAAAUCUAUGCCACCAUAUAGGUAUGUGGCAAUUUAAAUAUAAUUUACUCACCCAUAUUUUUUUAUUAUAUGUCUCCAUUUCAUUUUUAUUUGUAAUUUGUAGAUAAUAUAUAUGGCUUACACAAUUAAAAUAUUCUUGUUGCUAUUAUUAUUUUUUUACACUUACAAUUAUUGAUUCAUGAUGAUGAAGUUGGGCAACAACCAGUUAAGACAGAAUUGCUUUUUUUAUUAAUUCAUCGCCUGCAUAGAAACAUUGCAUUUGUUUGCAGCUAGGAUUUUCCUUUGAUCUUUUUUAAUUUAUGUACAACAUAUGGUCAUUCAUUUGCAUUCUUAUCCAAUAAAGUCUUGCACUCGUC